AUGUGCCGUAGGAGCCUUUUGGCAGCGCGGAUGCGCUACCCAGCUGUGCAUCUGCACUGCCAAGUGAAAUGCUGCCCAGAUGGCAAUGCAUCUGCACCACACUGGCAGCGCAGAUGUGCUUCCGUGCAUGAAGCAUCAGACAAGUGCCACGAGGAGAAUCGAAAAACAGUGAAUGGAGAUGACCUUUGUUGGGCUCUCAGUUCAUUAGGGUUUGAUAACUUUUCUGAGGUUAUGUUAAGGUACUUGCAGAAGUUUAGAGAGUUUGAAAGGCAGAAGUCUGAACAAAAUAAAGCCUCCAGCAGUGAAGAGAAAGAUGAAGUUACGAGCUCUAGCCUCGGCCUGCAGCCGGACACUUUUGCCCCUUUAGAGUUCCAAAUACUUGACAAGUGCGAAAACUCAUCUGCUAAUCGAAGUAAGGGAUGA